AUGAAAGUACGUUUAGCUGCACAAUUGUUAAGUUUAAGUACUUAUGAUGCUUUAAUAUAUUUGUCCAAAAAGCAAGUACCUGGUUUUUCAGGUUGUGAAGCAACAUCUGAAUACAUUAGAGUUGCAGAUAUGGAAAAUUACUACCUGUUGAAAAAACUUUGUGAAGAGGGUAAAAAAUACAUUUUAGGCUUAAUAGUUGCAGCCUAUGAUAGUGAAGAAAAACGGUGGCGUGCCCCUGUGCCCAUUCUUCAGUCACCAUGGUUCACAGGUUUUUUAGGAUUUUUAACAGGAAUUGAUACAGACAGCCCUCUCUUUCUAAGCCAGGACCACCUCGAAACUUUCUUCUGUGCAGUUAGGAGUAGAGGUGGUUGGAACAAUAACCCUAACGUGAAACAGUUCAUGGCUGCGUACAAGAGGCUCCUAGUGCAGGUUCAGUUGGGGGGUAAGAGGAAUGCCAACUGCUGGCCCCUACACAGCACUAGGAUUUUAAAUAUAUCUACAUCAGCUAAGCACAAACAAUUCAAUACUCAUGAUGUAACAGAGGUGGACUGCGAACCAGAUGAUCAGUUAUUAGCUGAUGAUGACCGGCUAAUAGCAGAUCAUGAUCCAUAUGCUCCACUCCAAAGUUUAUCGGCAUUAUCACCUUAUGUUACAGAUGUUGUUGAAUAUAUUGCAGGCUUUGUGAGUAGGUCACUAUCAGAAAGUCUGCACUGUGUUGUGUGCAAUGCUGCUUUAUAUGGAAAUUCAACAAACUCUGACCUCCUCAAAAUAAAGAACAAGGGAGGCUUAGUGUUUGCAUCUCGAGAUGUUGUAUCCAUAUGUAAAUUAACGGAACAAAUUUUUAGGGGCUACACCACCAAAAAAGUUGCAUUGCGCAAAGCAAUCCCUGUAUAUAUUAAUAAAAUUAAGGCACGUAUUACUUCUUCUAUAUUUAGUACAUUAGAUAAGGACCAUGACUACUGUAAUGACGCUUUAGACACCCACAGAUCUCUACUUAUGUCUUCUAUAAUUGACAAAUAUUUAGUAAUAAGAAUUUGUCAUGACAUUAAAAGACUGAAUGAAUCUGUGAUAAAGAAAAAUAUCCGCCACACAAUGACGAAAACAGUAGUAUUCCAGGGGCAAUAA